AUGUCAGCUUCCGAACAACCUUCGUCCAACCAACCGCCUCCGGAUGGCGAUCACAGUGCGGAGCCCGUGUCUUCCAGUCAGAGUAGUCUAUCACCCACUUCUACAGUCGACAGUUUGUCUGGUAGCGCCCGCAAUAUCCCUCUUCCUGCAACACCACGAGUGACGUUCUCAUAUGAUGAGGACCAUCCAGGAGGCUCCCGAGUGGCCAGCCCACUGCCAGCUCAGAACUCACCGACCCGUGGGCGCAAUCGCGGCUAUUCGUUACGUCGUUCAAUUUUCGCCCAGAACAUAAAGCGACGCGCGAGCGAGCAUGAGCGUCCGAUCGAAUUGGAACGCCAGGCCUCUGCAAGUAAGAAGAGCACUAUAAGUACAAGAGAAGGGGAAAUCUCGGCCCCCGCAAACAAGGCCGCAAACAUAAACAGUGCUUCAGAGAGACGUAGGCGACGUGUGCCAUUUUGGAAGCAUUGGUUGUCUGCACUCUCAGCCCUUCCUCAUCGCAUCGACCAGAUUUUUGAAAGGAAGUCUCUGCCUCCUAGCCUACGUGGGCGCAACGUCACGGUGACAGCGGCCCGUUCAGAACCCCUUCUUGACGACAGGACGGGGAAACCGCACGUAGACAAUACUAUUGUCAGCUGCCGGUAUACGCCAUGGAACUUCUUUCCUCGGCAGCUCAUCGCACAGUUCAGCAAGCUGGCCAAUUUUUAUUUCUUGAUCAUUGCAAUUUUGCAGAUGAUUCCAGGAUUGAGUACGACUGGACAGUACACUACUAUUGUGCCGUUAAUGAUCUUCGUGCUCAUAUCCAUGGCCAAAGAGGGAUACGACGAUCUCCGGCGGCAUCGCCUCGACAAAGAGGACAAUCUAAGAGAGGUCGACGUGCUUGUCCAUCAGACAUUGAGAGGAUCGCAGGACCGGCUGCCUGAGAAGGAUUUUUCAUAUCCUGAAACUGAUACAGCUGGCUGGAGCACUAAGAAGUGGCAGGACGUCGCAGUCGGAGAUGUAGUCUUGCUGGAGCGAGAUGAGCCCACUCCGGCCGAUGUGGUGCUUUUACACGCAGACGAACCGACUGAGGCCGCCUUCGUCGAGACCAAGAGCUUAGAUGGGGAAACGAACCUGAAGACGAAGAAGCCUUUAAAGGACCUUAGUGGUCGUUGCUCGACACUUGAUGCUGUUGUUCAUUUAGAAGCAGAUUUCGUGGUGGAAGAUCCAAACCUGGAUCUCUACAAAUUUGAGGGCAAGGUCACGGUUGGGGGCCAGACCCUACCUCUGACCAACGGUGAGGUAAUCUAUCGCGGCAGUGUACUUCGGAACAUGCCUGCCGCUCUCGGUCUUGUUAUUUAUACCGGUAAGUCGCUCGGGAUCGACCUGGGUUGA